AUCACACUGUGCCCGCCUGCCGUGCCGCCUCUCCCUCUCUCCACGCGCCUUCCGCCUCCCCUCCCGAUUCCGCCGGCGCCGGCGCCGCCUUCCGCCUUCCAUCUCCAUCACCGCCUCACCGUUGCCGCCAUAUUCCGUGCCCCGUUCCCGAACCCGAGUCGGAGACGCGGACCCCGCGCGCCGGACCGACCCGACCCACGCCGCCUUAUAAUGGACGGCGACGAGCCACCGGAGCGCAACCUCUCCGUACGCCGCCGCCGUUGCAGCUAGGGUUUUCGCGCUCGCGAAUGGGCUGCACUACCUCCCACGACGCGUUCGCCGCCGCGGUCACCUCCAGGGCGCGCCGCGCCGCCUCGUCGUCCUCGUCGCGCCCGCGGGGCGCCGCCGACCCCGCGGCGCUGUGCCGCGAGCGCGUGGCGCUCAUCCGCGCCGCGGCCGACCGGAGGUUCGCGCUCGCCGCCGCGCACGCCGCCUACUUCCGCUCGCUUGCCGCCGUCGGGGACGCGCUCCGGCGCUUCGCGGCGGCAGCGCUCGCGCAGGCCUCGCCCGCGCCCGGCUCCUCGCCGGUGCUCAGGCUCCCGCCUUCCCCCACCAAGCAGGUCGCCUCCUCUGCCGCGGCCACUGCGUCCAGCCUCCCGCCGUCGCCGUCCUCGUCCUCUACCGUCUCGUCGCUCUCGCACUCCCUCUCCGACGACGACGGCGACAUCGAGGAGGCGCUCCAUGACGCCAAGCACGGACGCGGCGGCGGAAGCGACAAGGCGUCGUCGUCGUCCACGAAGCACCACCACCACUACAUGAGGAGGUCGUCCACCGUGCCCACCGUGGUCUACGAGGACCCCAACGCCCAGGUCCAGUACACCCAACCCGAGGCCAGCUAUGGAUACGGCUACGCCUACGAGUACCCGUACGGGCCCUACGGCGAAGUGGUUGCGGGAGAGAGACCGGAGCGGGCGCCGAGGCCGCCCGGACCGCCGCCUUCGCCGCCGACCGCGGAGGUUUCGCCGUGGGAUUUCUUUGACCCCUUCACGCAGUACGACCAGUUUAUGGAGGACUACUCUCGCGGGAAUCUGCCAACCAACAGCCCCAACUACGCCGAGCUCAGGAGGAUGGAGGGAAUCCCGGAGCUUGAGGACGAGGCGGAAAUGGAGGCAAAGGCGCCGGCAGAGGCACCCAAGCCAUCGACUUCUGGGGUUGCUGAUCAAAAUGCCAAGGGGAAGGGACCAAUUGCAGACAAUGCCGCUUCAAACGGCAAUCCUUCCAAGGAAUCGGAAGAACCAGCUUCUGGUGGCAAGCUACAGAGUAAGGGAUCGGGGACAUCUCCUGCUGGCAAGUUACAGAGGAAGGGAUCAGAGACAGCUCCUGAUGCCAAUGCCGAGGCAGGGAAACUGGUGUCCAGGAACGACUCAGUGCCAAGCAAUGCCAGCUCGAAGAGCAGGGAAGGGAGGAAGAACACGGCCAGCCUAAAGGGUACCUUUAGCGGUAACAUUGAUGGCAGCAGCACCGAUGGGAAGAAGAAAGCUGUGGCCUUCGAUGACAAACAGUCCAUCAGAGCAGAAGGAGGUGGUGACAGCCAUGGCAAGUCAGUGCAGUCGGUGGUGAGCAGCGAGCCAUUCUCGCCAUUGCAUCAUGGAACGAGAGAUGUCAGGGAGGCAAUGGACGAGGUCAAGGAGCUGUUCGACGAGGCGGUAAACUGCAGCGCAGAGGUCUCAAGGCUGCUGGAGGUGGGGAAAAUGCCUCCCCAGAGCACCCCCAGAGUUCUUAGAUAUAUCUCUUCCAGAGUAGUCGAUCCUCUAGGUCUUACCGUGUCGACAUCAUCUUGCCUCCCAAGACCACAUGGCAGGAAUUCAAGAGCAUCAAACAGCAAGGCGAGCACUUCAGCCUCGUCAAGUGCUGGCCACCUCUCAUCAACUCUGGAGAAGCUGUGGGCCUGGGAAAAGAAGCUCUAUCAGGAGAUUAAGGAUGAAGAGAAGCUACGGAUGCAGUAUGAGAAGAACCACAGGAGGUUGAAAUCUCUGGAUAAACGAGGGGCUGAAUCAAGUACAAUCGACUCCACCCGGCUGUCAGUAAGGCUUCUACGGUCCAAGAUCAGCAUCAGCGUUAGAACCGCCAAUGCCUUCUCGUCAAAGAUACAGAAGAUUCGAGAUGAAGAACUUUACCCUCAACUGGUUGAUCUCAUCCAAAGGUUCAGAAGAUUGUGGGAAGGUGUUCUGGAAUGCCAUGAGAAGCAGCUAUUGGCCAUACAUGACAGCGAAUUUCACCAGCUGAAGGCGAUGACCAUAAGCCAAUCUGGUGUUGCUUCAGAGGCCUCAAGGGAAUUGGAGAGGGAGCUCACAAAAUGGUAUCGCUGCUUCAACAAGUGGAUCAGCUCACAAAGGUCUUGUGUCGAGGCGCUGAAUGGAUGGCUCAAGAAAUGGUUCCCUGAGGCUGAGGCGCCACAGGAAGAUACAGCCGAUGGAGUCCCACCUUUCUCUCCUGGAAGGCUUGGCGCCCCACCUGUAUUCGUCACCUCAAAUGAUUGGUUCCAAGCGAUUGAGAUGGUCUCCAAGACUGAUGCACUGAGAGCAAUCGACCAUUUCUCUAAGCUUGUGCAUGAAUUCAAGAAGAGCCUGGAAGAAGAGCAGCGGCAGAAGCGGAAAGCUGACCAUGCUUCCAGAGAUUAUAACAGAAAGUCUGAGGUUUUGCAGGAAGAACUUGGGCUGAGUACAAUGGAGAACCCUCACUACAGCCAUGAUGACCGAGUAAUGGACUUGGAAAGGUUGAGGAAAAGAAGGGACGAGGAGAGGACCAGCCAUGAAAAGAUCCUAAACCAUGCUCAUGUUGCAGCCUCAGCCACUCUGCUGAUUGGUUUGGUUCCUGUGCUGCAACAGAUCACCACCUUCUUUCAGAAAAAUCAGCAGGUCUACAUGGGAAUCAGAAUUCUAGGCACUUGAGCUGCAGACCACAUAGAAAUAGAUUUCAGUGGAAGAUUAACACACGAGAGUUCAGUUUACGACAGGCACAUUUGUGGCUGAUGCGGCGACCAAUAGUAGUGCACUUUUUGUAUAGAAUUAUAGAUGUGAUUUGGGGUUAGGCUCUGAUUAGCUCUUACAAUUCUUGCAGAAUGUUAGGGUUCUACGUUACUCUGACCCUUGCUUUGUACAGGGUAGUGCUACUAACUAUCCAUAUAUUGUUCGGAAGUUUUAGCGAUUAUUAUUUAUUCUGUACAUGAUAUACAAAUUAGUGAUUUAUUCACUUGGUAGUAUAUGUGUUCAUAGCUUCAUAUGCUACUUAUUUGAAGCCCAAAUUAGUACUUCAACCAA